AUGGAGUACACAGUAGAAAUAUGUUUGUGCGCAAUUAUAUGUGCUGUAGUGUUGUUUAUUGCAUAUAUUUUGGUAAAUUCCAGGACUAAAAGGCUUCAGAUAGUACUAGAUGACUUAGCGCAAAAAGAAGUAAUAGACGUGUCCAUUGAAAGAGCAAAUAAAGAGCUGCAGAAGGCAGCACUCAAAGGGAACUGGGUAAUUGCCACAGUGAAAAACUGCGAAGAUAUUAAAGAAGAGGAUUUAGUCAGAAUCCUUCAGUCUCUUGGGGAAAUGAAUAUUGAAGAAUUGCAGCUGGAGGGAAUAAAUAAAGAGCUGAAGCAUGAAUGGAUAUCUGCAAUAAAAACAGUAAGAAGUAUUUCAUUACAUAAUGCAGUUAUUUCUUCAGCUAUAAUUAGUGAAGUUGGAAAAGUGUCUCAUAUUGAGUCAUUUAAAAUAUCUGGGGAAGCAUCCAGAUGGAAUAGAAGUAAGGAUGAAGUCGUUGUAAAUGAUACAAUCCGGGCAAUUUCCAUUAAAAAUACCCAGAGAGAUAUUCUGUGCAAAUUAUUCGAUCAAGUGCACUUUCAGUCCCUAAGGAGCAUAGUUUUAAAUAACACGAGAAUAGAUUCAUUUAAGGCAUUUAUGAAUAUUAACAUGAAAGAGAUAAGAAGGCUUGAAGUAUUCCAUGAAAGACUAAAUUACAGUGACAGACUAAUACUUCAACAGUUUACAAAUCUGGAGACCCUUACUAUCACACAGAGCGAGAUACGGGCACACAAAUACGUUGAGAGCAAAGACCCAGAGAUAUUUCAAUUUGAUCGUCUGUGGAGGCUUAAGCUGGAUAUAGGCAUCUACCAAGAUCUCUUCCAAAAUGGAUUUCUUGUGACAUCCCAGCAUAACACGCACAUGCUCAUAAAUCAUCCAGGACAAAACUAUUCCGUGGAGUAUCUUCCAAUUGUAAACAAGACAUCCAGCAUAUUUCAAAGAUUUAAGGCAAAUAACGUUCUUCAAAUACGCAUCGCAGGAUUGCAAUGCAGCCAGAAGAAUUCUAUCACAGCACAAGGAGUCAAUGCAUGCCCAGAUAUGUCAAUGUCCUUCCUGAAGAACUUGCAAAUAGAGCAUCUCUUAAUUACUUUUACAACAGAAUUGCAGCAGAACCAGGCAGAGCGCAUACUAGAGGCAAUUCUGCAGCAGUCCUUUGGGCUGUACAGACUGGAGAAGAUCUCCGUGUAUUUUAAAUUCACGUGCCGCCUUGGCAGAAAGCAGAUUGAAUCAAUGACUCACUGUGACAGACACCAUGCCCUGAAGGCUAUAAUUCUAAGCAACAUAAUUAUCACAGGCAAUGACUUGCCCAUUGAAGGAAAACCCUUCUCAGGGAAUAUUCCAGCGAAUGAAGCCAUUUCUUUGCAGAUGAAAUAUGCAGCAGAGCAUGAAAACAGCCAAACUUGGAGAAUUUCCACUGAGUCAAGUCUUAUUUCUGCAUAG